AUUGAUGUUUGCUCAGAAUGUUGUCUAUAGACCAACAUUUUAUGAAUCAUGAUGUAUGAUGUAUGAUGUAUAAUGUGUUAAAUAUCUCCUAGAGGAAAAGUGACACGAAAGUUUGGACGCUGUUUGCCCUAAGUAUGCUUCUUUGUGUCUAAAAUUGAACAUAUAGAGUACAGAAUCAAAGAAAACCUAAUGUGCACACAUUGCCCGCUUGUCACCAGGCUCGCUUGUCGGAAAAGGAAAGUUCUCUAUAUAAUCAAUCAUCUUUCCAGCAUAAAUCAAAAUAGUCGAUACAAUUAACUCAAGCAAAUAAUCAACUCUCACACACUUUGAAUAUGCUAUCACAUAUGACAACUGGUAUUAUCCUCGUGAUCGUGGUUGUAAGCGUUGUUUGUAUUAUUGCAUUUCUUCAUUAUCAUCGAAAUCAGGGAAAGAAACAAAGCGGAUCUAGUCGGCGCUCUCAAAACCAUUCUAGUAGAACUCGCGCGCGAUCAACACGUCCUCCACCUGUAGUCCCCUCAUUAAGAACUGAAGUACGCGGGGCUUCUAUCUCGUCGCUUAGAGUGGCUCCAUUAUCUUCCCAUAAUCGUCCUCUGCCUGGAAAACAAGACAUGCCGCCAACACAACCACCUCAACCUGCUCAACCUCCUCCUAACCCUCCACCCCCUGUUCAAGCUCGGCCCCCAGCUAGAAUUAUAAUUCCCCCUCCUGUUGCAGGUGGACUAUACGGCUUAAAAGGUGUAUUCCCACAGCCAAAGCGGGGAGGAAGAUGAGUGAUUUCAGCAGAUGUGGAAUGAACAAUCGGUUAGAGGAAUUUCUCAUCUUUGUGUGUACUGAGAUAUCACACUGGUGUAAAUAUGAAAAGCCAGAAAGUCUAGAUUGGAAGAAUGCAUGAUGGCUUGAAGAAUUUGUUGCAGCACAAUGAGCUGGUUGUUUAAUUCGGUGAGGAUAUUGGAGGGCAGUAUGUAGAUAGCGAAUUUGUAGCAAAAUCCCCAGAAGACGACUCAAGGAGUCAAGGAGGGUUACUUUCACUUCAUUAAAUCUCUAUCACUAAAUGAGCUGGCAUAUUGAGAUAAAGGAAACGAAAGCAAAAAUGUUUACCACCAAUCAACUACAUUCUAUUCGUGAAUUUAUGUUGGCUUGAGAAAAAAAGAUCACUGGAUCAGCUAUUAUCGACGACAGGAAAGAAGCUGUCAUGGUCCUGCAGGUAUUGUCGAACCGCAAAUGCGAC